GAAGAAAGACUAGAUACAAAGCCGUUGUUUGCUUCACGCAAACUGCUAAAUCUGCUUUGCUUCUUCGCGUGGCUUUAAAGGACUUCAUUUACUUCUUAAUCUCCAGCCCCCUCUUAUAUAUACGCACACCUUGCUAAACAUACACAGUCAACAUCAACACUAACCUCACCAAACCCUAGUCUCUCUCAAAAGCUAAUUAACUCAAGACCCUAGCCCCACAAAGCGAAUUCUCUAUUAUGACCUAGUUGAUUAGCUUCCCAUCUCUCUCUGUAUAAUUAAACUGAAUUUCUCGAAAACAAAAAUAAUGAGUACUGUGAAUCCAAGUAGUUCCGCCACUAGCGGAGCGGGCUCUGGUAGUGGCGGAAGUAGCAGUGGUGGUGGUGGCGGCAGUAGUGGUGGUGGACCUUGUGGAGCGUGCAAAUUCUUGAGGAGGAAGUGUGUAGCUGGCUGCAUAUUUGCGCCAUACUUUGAUUCGGAACAAGGCUCAGCUCACUUUGCGGCGGUGCACAAGGUUUUCGGAGCCAGCAAUGUUUCCAAGCUCCUCCUCCAUAUUCCGGUCCACAAGCGGCUCGAUGCGGUGGUCACUAUUUGUUACGAAGCUCAAGCCCGGCUCAGAGAUCCGGUUUAUGGCUGCGUUGCUCAUAUCUUUGCUCUUCAACAACAGGUGGUGAACCUACAAGCAGAAAUUUCAUACUUGCAAGCCCACCGUGCAACACUAGAGAUCCCAACUCCGCCACCAGUCCCACCGGUACAGGCGCCGCUUCUAGGUGCUCCAACUUUAUCUAUUUCUGAUCUCCCUGCAGCCUUACCAACAAAUUACGAAUGGUCCUCACUUUUCGAUCCCAUGAUGCAACAAUCUUGGACAAUGCAGCAGCCCCCUAGGCCACUUGAUCUGCAGCCACCAAGGCCAGUUGAUCCACGACUACAGUUUGGCAGCAUCGGCAUUAGAGCUCCGGGGGAUAUGAUGCCAGGUGUGAGUGGCGGUGUUGGUGGUGAUUUUCAAGAACUGGCUCGAGAGCUUUUUCAGAGGCAUAACUCUCCGCAACAACCAGGCAGUGACCCUUCAACUUUGCCUCCUCAUUCUAGAUUAAACUGACCCGAUUUGGCUACUACUUGACCCGGAUCCGGAUGGCGGUGGUUUAAUCUUAAGAUAUCUAUUAUGAGCUUUUACUUUCUAGCUAGUGAGCUUCUAAUUUAAUUUUAUGCCUGAUGUUAUAAAGUUUUUUUUUCCUUUGUCCAGUUAUUAUGUUGCUAUCUAAGUACUA